GGCUGACUCGCUCCUUAGCCAGGUCGGUAAGAUUUGGGCAUAUAAGAUACAAGACACUCCUAAGGCUUUGCAGGUGCUUGCGCCAUGGUGGGCCCUUCAGGACGUGCCAUUGCCGAGAAGGGGAGCACCAACGAAACAGUCACCCAAUGGGUUCAGGGACUCAUGGAUGCAGCGUACGAUUACUGCAAAGGUGGGGGCACCGAGACGAGCUCUGCUGCCAUUCGAAACAUGUUAUUCCAAGCGACGGAUAAUUCGACAGGCUGGCUACACUAGCAUCCGAUUUUGAUUCGCCUGAGCACCACUUCGUGGUUCUCGCCUCCAGAAUUUGGUCCACCAGGACUGAGGAAAAGGAAAAUCAAUCUCGUGGCAAAGAGGCGCUUGGAGAGCAUGGGCAAGAGGGACUUAGAUUCAAUCACGUAUGGUUACGCCUUCCUGGCGAUAACGUGUGCAGAAGCGGUCGAUGCAGGGAAUGCGACAACAAGCGAUGUCUUUGGAGAGAUUCUCUUGGCGUCACGGAAUGUUUCCGAGAUGUGUAAGUUAAACUUCGGUCCUCACCUUUGUCGGAAUUGGUUUCUUCUGUCCAGUCGGACCGAUGCUGGUUUCUGGUGCCACAACUGGCCUUCUCGCGCCGAGCGCUUCACUGACCCAUGGAACUCUACAUUGAAGAACAAGAUUCUCGUCAUUGGAAAUCAAGCAGACCCUGUUACGCCCUACCCAGGAGCAAAGCUGGUUGCGGACCUCCUUGAUGAAGCAAAUGCUGCAAUGGUAGAGCAAUGCGAUUUCGGUCAUACAUCACUCGCUGAACAUUCCGAUUGCACGUUCCAUGUCAUCAACGAUUACUUUACCAAUGGAACGUUGCCUGUCGACGAAUCCGUUUGCAGAACGAACCAGGUCCUUUUUCCAGGCACCCCAUCACCAAGCUAUCUCUCGAAUACGGAGGAAGCUUUGGCCCCCCAACUAAAUCCUAACGCCCCUAUUCCUCAUCCUCUCGGGUUUGAAUUAUUGGCUACUAAUGAUAACAACGACACUACCAAGUAUAACAUCCAUGGCGACAACAGCACGAAACCAACAGCUUCACCAAACGCUCUUUAUCGCUCUUGGUUCGCUUGGUGCAGCAUUCCUUUCGUUCGUCGUAGCUACCGGGAUCAUCAUCUGCUGUCGCCGAAGACGUUCCAAGUCAGGUCACACAUAGUACACUCCACCUUCUAACCGCUCCUCGUAUUACCAUUCGAACAGACGGAUGGUCUAUUCGCCUCUCCCGAGCCAAGAAAAGAGGGUCAGUGGCCAUACGACACCGCCUAGGGGAAUUGUAUGUCACCUGAAGCCCCUUGGACAGAGUACGAGCACUGAGUCAGGGAGAUGCGAAGGGGUUUAUACGGAUCCGUAUGCCCUCCAUCGGGUGCUGUAGGUGGUUCAUCCUAUGGCGGU